CCCUCCCUCCCUCCCCUCCCUCCUUCCCUGCCUCCCGCCUCCUCCCUCCCGCCGCGCCGGCGGCACUGACAGCAUGAGCCCCUGACUGGGCCGGGCCGCCGCGGCCGCCACCGCCGAGCCCGGGCAGGGCCGCCCGCCCCGCGGGCAUGCCAGAGGUCGGUACUCAGAAGUGCCUUUCCUGACGUCUCUGCUGCUUGGGACCGCUUCUAGAGCAGCCGCUGCUUUUUGCCUUGCUUGCUGCCAGCUAGACUGCGACGACAGCAUCGCCGCACCCCCGGCCAGACACCCCCGCGCCGGGAGACGGGCGCUGCCGGGCCUGCCGCAGCCUGCUUACUGUAAAAUAAAAGUGUGCUGAGAAAGGUCAGAGAUCUUCUGCCCGAAAAUCGAGGAGAGGAAGGCAAAAAAAAAAAAAAAAAAAAAAAAAAAGGCAAAAAAAAAAAAAAAGAAAAAAAAAAAAAAAAAAAUUAUUCCCCGUCUCGAACGUUGCUCUAAACUGCUGCAUCUCUCUAUGCCAAACUAAUCGAUACCGAUUGCACCACAAAGCCCCGCUGCAAAAAUUCGGCUGCGUGGAGAUAUUCAGAGAACUGCCCCGAGAGGAGCAGCCGGGAGCUCCCCGGGGUCCGGCAGGUUCCCGUGCUCCCGGGGGCACUCAGGAUGCUGGGGUGCUGAGCGCCCGAGCCUGAGCCGGGCCCCACGGCUGCACCUUCACCUUGUGCUCCUUCGAGUGCCAGACCUCGGCCGGUCCCCGGUGCCACGCUCCCGACUCCGGGGGACACAGCUUUCCCCGAGGGGGGCGGCCACCCCAUCUCAGACCUACUUGUAAAACGGGGAGUGGGGGGAGAGAAACAGACAGAGAGGACAAAAAGAAAAAAAAAAAAAAAAAGUAUUCUGGAGGUGGCACUUUUCAUCAUUUUCCAGUUUCUCAGUCCGGCUACUCGUUUGUCCAUUUUAUUGGAGAUUUUAUUAACUACCUGUAAAAUCUAAAGAUGGCUGUUAGUGUCCCGCCGAUUCGGGACACAAAAUGGCUAACGCUGGAAGUGUGCAGGGAGUUCCAAAGGGGGACUUGCUCACGACCAGACACGGAAUGUAAAUUUGCACACCCAUCGAAAAGCUGCCAAGUUGAAAACGGACGUGUAAUCGCCUGCUUUGAUUCAUUGAAAGGUCGAUGUUCAAGGGAAAACUGCAAAUACCUGCACCCACCACCACACUUAAAAACCCAGCUGGAGAUCAAUGGACGCAAUAACCUGAUUCAGCAGAAGAACAUGGCCAUGCUGGCCCAGCAGAUGCAGCUUGCCAAUGCCAUGAUGCCUGGUGCCCCCUUGCAGCCUGUGCCCAUGUUUUCCGUGGCACCGAGCUUGGCCACCAACGCAUCAGCUGCCUUCAACCCCUACCUGGGGCCCGUGUCCCCAGGCCUGGUCCCAGCAGAGAUCCUGCCCACUGCCCCGAUGCUGGUGACAGGGAACCCCGGUGUCCCGGUUCCUGCCGCUGCCGCCGCUGCUGCCCAGAAGCUGAUGAGGACGGACAGGCUGGAGGUAUGUCGAGAGUACCAGCGUGGCAACUGCAACAGGGGAGAGAACGACUGCCGGUUCGCUCACCCCGCCGACAGCGCCAUGAUCGACACCAACGACAACACCGUCACCGUCUGCAUGGAUUACAUCAAAGGGAGAUGCUCACGGGAAAAGUGCAAAUAUUUUCACCCUCCUGCACACCUGCAAGCCAAGAUCAAGGCUGCCCAGUACCAGGUUAACCAAGCUGCAGCUGCCCAGGCAGCAGCGACUGCAGCUGCCAUGACUCAGUCGGCUGUCAAAUCACUGAAGCGACCCCUCGAGGCAACCUUUGACCUGGGAAUUCCUCAAGCUGUACUUCCCCCAUUACCAAAGAGGCCUGCGCUUGAAAAAACCAAUGGUGCCACCGCAGUCUUUAACACUGGUAUUUUCCAAUACCAGCAAGCUCUUGCCAACAUGCAGUUACAGCAGCAUACAGCCUUUCUCCCACCAGGCUCAAUAUUGUGCAUGACACCCGCUACAAGUGUUGUUCCCAUGGUGCACGGUGCUACGCCAGCCACUGUGUCUGCAGCAACAACAUCUGCCACAAGUGUUCCCUUCGCUGCAACAGCCACAGCCAACCAGAUACCCAUAAUAUCUGCCGAACAUCUGACUAGCCACAAGUAUGUUACACAGAUGUAGACAUUUUGUCAUCAAACAAUCAUGACUAAGGAGAAAAGGACAGUGUGUUUGGGGUGAGAAGAGGAGAAGCCCAUUAGCCAUAGUGUAAAUACCGCCCAGCGACACUCGGAACCUCCCUCAGCAGUUUGAGAUCCACACAUUGCAUGUAACAGAUGAAACCAGACCUUGGAAAUCCACUGCACACUGUUGCCUAUAUACUUUGUACAUUUAAUUGGUAUUUGUGCUGAGGUGAUCUUAUUGUCUAAAAAGUACAGCAUUGUCUAUCUUUUCUAGCACAGAAGUAUGCAUAUGGGUUUGGAUAUGCAUAUGUGGUCUGUUUCCUACAUAAUCAUGGAUGUCACCUUGAAAAGACAGACGAUGGUGUAACCAUAAAUCUAUUAUGUAUUGGUACGUCUGUAGACCAAGAUAUAAUUUUUUAAAGUAAGUUUAUUUCUUUCAAGGUUUACAAAUAACAAAGGUGCACCUUGUAUUUAAAAUUGCCAUUAUAGACGAGAGCGUGCAUGCACAGUAAUUUUUUUGUUUAAGAGUAAUAUUUUUAAUGUAAUAGAUUGUAAGAAGUGGUAAGAGAGGUAUCUGACAGAGAUGAAUGUGCCAAGCAAAACCACAACUGUGUAUAUUUUAAAGCACAUCAAUGGCUUUAAGUACCAUGUUGUUAAGGAUUCUCAUGAAGUGCCAUAGACUGUACAUCUGAUUAGAGUAUUAUUUCUGCAGUGUUAUUUUCAGAACCACGUUUUCACUUACUUUACCAGUACUAACCAGUCAAAGGGCACCAUUCUGUUUCAAACCAAAGCUGUCUCAGAAAUGGCCAACUACUCCUUACAGUAACAGUAGGCAGCACAGGAAAGAUACUCUAGCCGUACAAAUUAACCCAUACUGGACAUAUAUAUAGAAACUAUUUUAAGGCAUUGUAGUGUAAUAUUUAUGCAUAUUUUACUGUAUAACAUGAUAUUCGAAAGGGAAAAGCCAUUUCUGAGACACAGUAACAAAUGUCUGAGGAACUUCUUUUGCUUCUAUUUAUAGCCUCUGUCGAAAGUCGAAAGGACUAUAAAUGUUUUGCAGAGAUGGGUUUCACUUUUACUUCAUCACAGUCACACUUCACGGGGUGACUCUAAACAAAGACAAAAGAAGCACUGACAUCAGAUGCAUGACAAACCAAAACAUGAAAAAUGGAGAUGUUAAUUAGUGUAGAAAUCGGGUGGGUUAAAUACUCGGGUGAGUUUUAUAUGUGACUUUUUUUGUUCAGAUUAACUGCUUAUAGCCUUAGAAAGCCUUUACAAAAUAAAAACAAACAAAAAAAAAAUAGAUGUGCAUUCAAGUUUUAAGAGCGGAUUCAUCCAAAGGAAUUCCUUUCUGUGGUUUGGAUGUUGCAGCUAGUAAAGGAUAUUUUUGCUCUGUUCAGCAAAGUGCUGAAGUGGGGGCCAGGUCACUGGUAGCGUGGCGUGGAGUGGAAGAAGCGUGGGUUCGGUUGUAGAACUCUCCAUACUUCCCAGUUUACUGCGAGUUUUUAUGCUUGAGAGAGAUGCUUUAUAGAAUAAGAAUGAUGUGUUGAUUUUACUGAUUGUACUGUACAUCUAUUAAAGCCUUAGAUUAUUACAUUACGGGUUAAGACCCAUACCAAUGUAAUUUCAAUCGUGUUAAGAAAGUAUAGGUGACUUCACAUGUUAUUGUAGUUAUUAACAUUAUAGAGUAUUACUUAUUUUUUCUUGUUAAAAGUGUAGUUUUUAUUUCUUACAUUUAUUAGAUUGUUUUCAUUUUCUAUUACAAGUUGAAUACCAUUUCAGUUUUUAGAAUUUUCUUUUAUUAGAGUUUACUGAUGACUUUUUCAAAAUACAAAAAAACAAGGUAGUUUUCUUCAUAACAUACUCAGUUUUGAAUUUACAUGUAGUGUCAUAUGAGUAUUCGUAUUAUUGUUAACUAAAUGAUUUAUAUUUUACUGAUUUAAUAUUACAAUGUAAGAAUGUCAGUCAUUGUUAGUUCUUGUCUAGUUUUCAUUAAAAGAACAAAGAUCUUUUAUAUGGAUAUCUUAUAAUUAUAUAAUCAUUGCUAAGUAAGAAGUUAAGUUGUUGCUAUCGCAACAAUCCUGGCAGACAAUUAAGUAAUAUUUUGAUGAUUUAUUUUGUUUGUAAUUAGUUAUUAUGAGAAAAUCUAGUUCCUAGAUAUUAGAAUAAAAUUUAUUUUCUACUGUAUCCAUUUCAAAUGUUAAAAUAUUGUUUAAAUAUUUUUGAAAUCCCUGAAUAUCAGGCCUUGUUAUAAAUAAGCUGCAUAAUCAAUAGAUCAAGGGACUUUUUGUUGAUAAUCCAAAUACUCAAAAGUUUACGUAACAAGAAUUAUAGUGUGUGUGUGCAAACUCUUGAGGGUUGAUUAUGCUGCAGUUUAGCAUGUGGGAACGUAUAGAGAGAAGGUUGACUUUUUGCACUUCUGUAUAUAGUCAAAAAAGAGAGAAACCUGUAUAAUAGUAAGAUCUUAUUUUGAAUAAAAAUGUCUAUAAUUACAAGGAGUUUUGUUAAGGCUAAUAAAAUGACAGGCUGAACAAAAUUGCUUGCAAAAGUGGCACAGAGUUAGCACUCCAUCCCCCUUCAAAAAAGUUGCUUUGCUUUAUGUGGACAGCUUGUAGUUUGCCAGGAUUUUUUCAGCUGGAAAGAUAUGCCAUCCUCCCAAGAUCUCAUGACUGACAAAAGCUCCACUGGUUCAAAUCUGCCUGAAAAUCAUUAAGAAAAGAAAAAAAAAAAAAAAAAAAAAAAAAAAAAAAAAAAAAAAAAAAAAAAAAAAAAAAAAAAAAAGCAGGUACUUCAGACCAUCAAGGUGAAACCAUGGAUCAAAUAUUCCGUACAUUAUUCAAAAACUACUGCAUGUUUAAAGUAUCAAAAAAAUAUAUUAAAGAUAUAUGCUAUUCAAACCAGUUUCUGACAAUUUCAGUGGUUUAUUGUUCACAAAAAAAA